CAACUGCCGGGGUUUCAAAGACAAACGAGACUUCUCUGCCCUCCAUUGUCUGACUGUUCCCAGCGGUCAAUGAAUGCAAGGAUCUAUUUACUAUUUACUCUGAAUCCAGGCUGCAACGAUAUCCAACGUAUAACAAAGCCACCCGUCGGUCGGGGACACAGGAUUGCAAACACUAUCACACGACUCAAGGCUGUACACAUGUACGUAAGAAAGUGUCUCACACUUCAUGCGACGUGUUGUACCAAAGUCCUUUUUGUUGUUGCAAUUGGCAUAUGGUCAAGAUGCUAACAACCUGAAGAUCCGUAGGGCCUUUUUAGUCGGUCAAAGGAUGAUUUAAUUGAUUCCUUACAAGACUUACCUUAGUUCUCC